AUGUAUCAAAGGCUUAUGGGUCGGUUGUUGUACUUAACAAAUACUCAGCCAGAUAUUUCAUAUGCGGUUCAACAUUUGAGCCAAUUUAUGCAAAAACUGAAGAAAUCUCACUAUGAAGCGGCACUUCAAAUUGUUCGGUAUAUUAAAAAAAGUCCAGGGCAAGGGAUUUUUUUGGCUGUUGAGAACAAGGUGCAACUCAUUGCUUAUUGUGAUUCUGAUUCGGCAACAUGUCCUAUGACUAGAAGAUCAAUAAUAGGUUUUUGUAUCAAACUUGGAAACUCACUUGUGUCUUGGAAGUCAAAGAAGCAAAGCACAGUUUCGCGUUCAUCAACUGAAGCUGAGUAUAGAAGUAUGGCAUCAACAGUUGCCGAAAUAGUAUGGUUAAAUGGCCUAUUGAAAGAUAUAUGCUUUGAUCAAAUUGGUCCAGCCCUGUUAUUUUCUGACAGUCAAGCAGCACUUCAGAUCGCGGCGAAUCUAGUAUUCCAUGAGUGA